AUGACUCCAAAACGGCAAUUGGCGACAGUUUCGGGGGGCGCACGGUCGGCUGUUAAAAAGAGUGAAAGCACGGCCCCACCGUCACCUGUUCUUCCCCUCUGGCGUUUUCUCUCGCUGGAGCUGGUUAUAUGCCUCUUUUGCCACCUCAUGUGCCUCGGGAUUACGUUCUUUGCCCCGGGCCGGACACCUCUUGCUUCGCGAAGCGGUUGGUUGCAGCAGAGAUACCGGAAUUCUCCAAGAAAAGGUGUCGUGCGCGGGCCAUUCGAUGUUUUCCAGAACUACGAGAAGGCUGCGCCACCAGCGCCGAUGACGCAUCAGAUCAACUCAGACGCUGUUCUCACGUUACUACUUGUGUUUACAGUAAAUAGUUGUAUCCUGGCUCUUAUGCGGCGUAUCGACGAUGUCAUGGCCGCCGAAGAGAAAAAACUUCAGAAGGCAUCUGAAAAAGACACAAUGGCGAAGAAUGACGCGGAAGAAUGCACCACCAAUGUUGAAGGCACUUGGAAGGUGAAGUGCAACGAGCUUUUGAAUAACGUCAUGCUUUUCGGUUCGGCCGUUCUUAGCGUGGUCACUGGCAUAUGUGUGAUUGGGCAGCCAGCAAACCAGGUGCGUGCGCUCGGCCCCGCCGCUGUAUUGAUAUCGCUUGCAAUCGACCUAUGCGUGCUGCACGGACACGGCAAGGCGCGCGCGCUCCGGCAUUACCUCAAUCUUAUCCAAGCUCUCGUUAUUUGUGUGCUUGUUGGCCUUGUCGCAGAAGCAAAUCUCUACUACAAGGAGUGA